AUGCCGGCCGCAUAUGAAAUUCGCUCGGGGGGCGAUGCCCGCAACAAGAAGCAGAGUAUGGCCGAUCUGAAGUAUCGCCGUCUCAUGGAGCUCAACAGCCGCCUGAAGGAGGAUCUGGAUCGGCCUCGUGUCAAGGUGUCUGAAGCAGCGCUCUCACUGAUCAACUACUGCAACAACACGAGAGAUUUCAUGGUGCCAUCCGUCUGGGGUCAGGUGGACAAGCGAGAGGACCCGUAUGCUCCUCAACAGUCAGGUGGCUGCUGCACCGUCAUGUAA